CACAGCCACUCACUGAAAACGAGAACAGAGGCGAGCAAGUCAUCGCAACGGCCUCAAAAUGUGUAAAGUCCAAAUGCUGAGAACGUUGGUGAAGCAGCGACUGAACGUGGCCGUCGAGGAGAUAUUUGAACUGCUGGAGAGGACGAUCGCGGAGUACGAGGAAGAACUUUGUCGAAGUAAAGAGGAGAAUGCGCGACAACGCGAAUUAUUGAACUCUGUUCUCGAGCCUCACGUCGCGGUGCAACACGAAGCAGACAUCCGGAAGGUGUUGGCAAAGAGUCACGAAAAGGUACCUUCUGAUCACGAGGAGCAAAAGUGGCGCUCCAAUCUGCGUAUUAAAGAAGAAGAGGAGGUCACGUGGAGAGGACAGGAUGGGGAGGCUGAUGUCGCCGCCGUCGCAUUGAUUGCCAUCCCUGUGAAGAGUGAAGAGGACCAAACUCAGUCCUCACAACUCCAACACAAUGAGGAGACCAAAGGCAGCGGCUCAAGUCAACACUGUGGUGGAUCUCAACCGGACAAUUUUGCGACGGACGACAGGAUGUCCCGUUCUUCUGACGGCGACACCAAAAAGGCUACGAAGAGCUCUCGCGGUGAUGCCAGUCCGUUUAUCUGCUCCGAAUGCGGGAAGACGUUCGUCCAGAAGUUCACUUUGAAGAGACACAUGAGGAUACACACAGGAGAAAAACCGUUCAGCUGCGCGAUUUGCUCUCGGAAGUUCGCCAGGAAGUCGGUAAUGACCGCCCACGUGUCGUCGCACACGAGUGAGAAACCUUUCGUGUGCGCCAAAACCUUCUCAGUGAAGAAAUACAUGAUGGCGCACCUGAGGACGCACUCCGCAGGGAAACCGUUUACCUGCUCAGUUUGCGCCAAAGGUUUCUCCACCAAAGCGCAUUUGAAGAUCCACACCAGGACGCACACGGGAGAGAAACCUUUCACCUGCGAAGUAUGCGACAGGAAGUUUAUGAGAAAACCCGAGAUGAUGAUUCACAUGGCGACGCACACGGGCGAGAAGCCUUUUGACUGUUCCGUUUGCGCCAAACGUUUCUCGGCCAAGAAAUAUCUGAUGAUGCACGUGAAAAGGCACACGGCGGGGAAACCUUUUACUUGUACCGUGUGCGCCAAAAACUUCUCCAGUAAAGCUUACGUCAUGAUACACACGAGGACGCACACAGCCGAGAAACUCUUCGGCUGCGACGCCUGCGAUAAAACAUUGACCUUUAGAACCCAGAUCAACAAUCACGGGUGUUCCGGGGACAAAAAUAGGAAUAGCGACAGUUUGUCGACAAGAAAAAUGUGCAAAGUGCAAAUGUUGCGGGAGAUGGUGAAGCAGCGACUGAACGUGGCGCUCGAAGAGAUAUUUGGACUGUUUGAGAGGACAAUCGCGGAGUACGAGGAGGAACUCAGUCGAUCAAAAGAGGAGAACGAGCGGCAACGCGAACUCCUGGCCGCCGUUUUCACCUCUCAACCGGGGCAAGAGAAAGCAGACACCCAACACCCGAUUGAGGUUCCCUCAGAGCCACAGCAGGAGCCUGUGGAGCCUCCCCACAUUAAAGUGGAAGACGAGGACGUGUGGCGCGCUCAGGAGGAGACCAAUAUCGCUCGGUUACCGCUGACCGAUCUCCCCUUAAAGCGUGAAGACGAUGAAAACGGAGCUCACGCCUACCACCUCCGUUACAAUCAAAGUGAGGAGAGCGGAGCGGCCGGCGGAGGACCCCAAGCGGACGCCAGCUUCGCUCCCCUGUCGGACGUGGACAACGCGAUGUCGCGCUCAUCUGAGACGGACCACAGCGACGACGCCGGAGGACGGACGAAACGUUUUAACCACGCCAAAAGCGACACGGCGCAUCACACCGACGACAGACUCUUCGACUGUUCCGAAUGCGGCAAGACGUUCAGCAGGAAGGGGACGUUGAACCGACACAUGAGGACGCACACCGGAGAGAAACCUUUCGCUUGCUCAUUUUGCUCUAAAAUAUUCUCCUUAAAGCAUCACAUGGACAGACACAUGCGAAUACAUACCGGGGAGAAACCAUUUUCCUGUUUGUUUUGCCCGAAAGGAUUCAGAGACAGGUACAAAAUGAUGACGCACAUGAGGACGCACGCUUCUCAGCUGCCUUUUACCGCCGGCGGCUCCAAUCAACGUUUAACUACAGAAGCUGACAGAAAGCGCUUUAAAGUUCUUCACUCACAACCAAGCAAGGUGGCUCCACUAUCAGAUAUGGACGACGCGAUGUCGCACACUUCCGGGAGCGAGCACGGCGAAGACGGCGAAGAAGCUAACAAGGACUCCAAGUUCAGGUGCUCCGAAUGCGGGAAAAUGUUCGGCCGCAUGGGAAGUUUAAACCGACACAUGAUCACGCACACCGGGGAGAAACCCUUUGCUUGCUCGGUUUGCGGAAAUAGAUUCUCUUCAAAGGAACACCUGAAAAGACACGUGACGAUCCACGCGGGGGAGACUCCGUUCGCGUGCGGCGUUUGCGGGAAAAGAUUCCGAGAUGAGCGCGAAAUGAUACCGCACGUGAGGACGCACGCCGGCGAGAAACCUUUCGCGUGCUCGGUGUGUCGCAAAUGUUUCUCGCGGGAGGACGACAUGGCGUUGCACACCAGAACGCACGUGGGAGGACGUUUCGCGUGCUCCGUCUGCCACAAGCGGUUCUCCAGUAAAAAGUAUGUGAUGAUACACAUGAGGACGCACACCGGGGAGAAGCCGUUCACGUGCGACGCGUGCCACCAGAGGUUCACGUAUAAGUACCAGGUCACCAGACACAAGUGCGCCAGUGUGCACGAAAGCUGCUUGGAAGCGACGUCCCGACCCGUUUUGUUGAGCGAUUAGCUCGGUUAAUGUACACGUGAACGGACUUUCCAUGUGCUCUAAUAAGCAGUUAUGAACAAAAAAAUUCUUCCCAAAGAAAUUAUACCACUUUCUUUUCCUUUUUUUUUUUUUUUACUGUACUUAGAUUUGAGUACGAUACCAAUUACCGAUAAUUGAUAACGCCAUUGCGUCGUGCAAUCGUGAUGAAAAUAAGUUUUAUUUUUUUAUGCAAGUACUAUGAAGAGAAAUACUUCCUGUUGCACACAAAUAUUUUUUUAGAGUAACUAAUUGUCAUUUCUGACAUUUUGCAUGUCCAUUCAUCCAUCCAUUUUCUUAGCCGCUUAUCCUCACGAGGGUCGCUGGGAGUGCUGGAGCCUAUCCCAGCUGUCAACGGGCAUGAGGUGGGGUACACCCUGAACUGGUCGCCAGCCAAUCGCAGGGCACAUAGAGACAAACAGCCGCACUCACAAUCACACCUACGGGCAAUUUAGGGUGUCCAAUUAAUGUCGCGUGUUUUUGGGAUGUGGGAGGAAACCGAAGUGCCCAACCGGAGAAAAGCCACACAGGCGGAGAACAUGCAAACUCCGCACAAGCGGCGCCGGGAUUGAACCCGGGUCCUCAGAACUGUGAGGCCAAUGCUUUUACCCGCUGAGUCACCGUGCCCCAACUGCAUGUGUCACUACAAAAUAAAAUUCCCAAUUUUCAGUUUCUCGUGAUUACAAUGUGGUAAACCGACGUAAUUUUCACUUUUUCCCCCUCAAAAACGUCAAAUGGUGUAUGGUAGUCUUAACACAUUUUAAUCAUUUGAAGCUGACCUACAAUGAAGUACAUUCAAGAGACUUUUUUCAGUGUUGGGGGGCACCGGACAAAAGGAGUGCGAACAGCAGCUAAGAGACAACGAAGAAGAAUUUAGGAGUCUGCUGGAUAUGAAGAAGUAGGAAUACGGCUGCCACGUUACUGUGUGUUCGCUCCAAAAUAAAGUGCGUAAAAAAAAACCAAAAACCAAAUACAAGUUUGCUUCUUGAGAACAUCAAAUUAUUUUCCAGCGCAUAAUUAGCGGUUGGCUAAAUGUUUUGUUGAUCGUAAAGUAUCACCACAUGACUCCGAGCCAGAAGGUGAAUGUCAAACUGCUCAAGUGGUCACAGUAUGUAUAACUGGCGUGUUUUUAUGAAUACGAGUAUGUAAAAUAGUCAUUAAUGCGGUAGUGACACACAAGAUGGCGGACAAGGGAAUCCUGGGACUGUGGUGAUGUCAUCGGAAAUCUGCCUGCAGCUCUUUUUCACGAUGGCAAUAUUGCAAGUAAAUAAAGAUUAUUUAUCGAGUACUUUUCACAAAGAGGGCUAACAAAAUACCUCAAAAUUGUAAAGAAUUUUGUCUUAAAUACAAAAUAUUGUAAUUAACGGGUUAUUCAAUCACCACGCAUUAGCGUUACCAUUGGUGGUGUUGAAAUUGUCAAAUUGAAUGAAACAUUGAUUUAAAAUGAGAUCGUCACAGCCCGGUAGG